GAGAGAGAAACCGGUAUUAUCGGAUUACGUAUAUAUGUGCUGGUGUUUUACGUUGAAGAUAUUCAUUGAGUAAACAUACUCCGUAGUGCAAUGGUUAAUUAUUUGGUGAUCCUCGCUCUAUUCGGUGUGGCUUCGGCUCACCAAUAUGUUAUAGACGAUGUCCAGGUGCAAGCUUACUACCCCAGAGGUUUUCGAGUUAGUGUACCGGACAAAGAUGGAAUGCAACACUUUGCGUUCCAUGGGAACCUCAAUAAGAAUAUCAGAAAUACGGAAAUCGGAGAAUUCAGUAAGGAUAUUUUAAAGCCAAUCAAUGGGAGAUGGGUGUACGAGAAUAGGAUGAUCAGGCUGAAGAAAGGUGAUACGAUUCGAUAUUGGCUUUACGUGCAACGCUCGAAAUUAGGUUACAGAAAGGACAGCCAAGUAUUCACGGUCAACGAGUUGAUUCAUGAUGAGAUGCCGGAAUUAAUGGAGGAUUUAGAGGUGAAUAAGGGGCCGAAUGAGGUUUGCUCGGAGAAAAAGGAUCCCGAGAAGGCGGCGACUACCAAACAAAUGGACGAUCGUUUACAAAUCUGCGAGGGCACCGUGCUCAAGUUAGCGCCGAAAUUAAUCAGCCUGGAGGAGGAAUUGGAGUCGCUCAGAAAAACCAACGACCUUUUAACCGAAAUUCUAGACGCCACUCAAAAAAAGUUGACCCUCAGGGCGAGAAUAUUCAACGAGGAUGAUCCCAUUUCCAUCGUCAAAUUCAUAAUCUACGAGAAACUUGGACUGAAACCGCUCAUUGCCUCUGCACAACGGAAUAGCGACAACUCAAUUACCUUCCAAUUGGACAGAACUAGUGACAUGAUUAACGUUAUUAAGGAAGCUAGAGAAAGGUUUAAACAUUCAAAAAUAUUUUCAAUUUCUAUAUAAUUAGAUCCAUGAUAUAUAUUACCUAUAU